CGGAGGUCAUGUGGAGAACUAGAGGAUGCCUAGCACGUUAGAUAUCCUCCAGCUUCGAAUAAACGUAAUAUGCGAUAAUGUGCAUGCACCAUUGAACUCAGCUGUCAGCACCGUGUCAAGAUGUCAAGAUUAGGACGAUCUUGUCACGGUCAGAACGAAAGUGGCCGGAAAAAUAAGGAAGAAAGGACAACCGCGAAAGGGGAUAGCCUAGAUGUCAGGACGAUAUUCACGCAUCGACAACCAGUUUCCAAGGAAAGUACACUUCGGAAUAAUGAAACGUUUUUACUGUCGAGAACGUGUCGGAAUGGCUCGCUGAACACUUCGGAUCACGAAGAUGUAUCAGUGACAGACACGCGUUUUCAACCAGAUUUCUCAUCUAAUUCUGGGACACUUUUCACGCUAAUAUUACCUCGUUAAAAAGGAAAAACUGUAACACGCAUUUCCCGAUGACCGCCAUCUUUUUUGCCUCGCACUUUUCUUCGGGAUUCAUGGAACUUUCGACGGCAAGUUCGCUGAAAAUAUUAGCUGCGAAUCGAAAUAAUAGCACGAUAGAUUAUAACACGUUAAGUUGCAUUACUCUUUAUAUUGUUGGACGCUAGAUAAGUGCUCGUUGGGUUACUGGACGCUAGAUAACUGCUCGUUAAGCACUGAAAUUCAUAAAUUUGUAAAUGUACACAUUCUCAAAUUUUUUAAAUCUAUUAAUUAAAUAAUUGAAGGAUGAAACAGAAAUCUGGGAAGAAUAAGGACUUCUACUAACGUAGGAAAGCCUACUCGCUAGUCGUGGUGUUCCCCUUCCGUUUGAGUUAGCCGACAACGAAAGUAGACGUUCCCUGUACUCGACAGCCGUUUUCUGUUUUUUCCUUUUUACUAACGAGUCCUGAUGCUCUUUUUUGCGGUUAUCUACGCCUCGAAUGACCUAAUUCCGGUUUCGAGUAGGCCAACCGACCGCCAGACCGGAAUCGGAAGAGAAAAAUCUUGCAACAGUUAAAACGGAAAUUGCCCUGUGCACUCAGGAUUAUUCAAACGAUUAAAAUAAUCCUCCUUUGCUAAGUCUUUUCAUAAUCUUUCAUCUGCAGCUAAUAUCGAAGGUUUUUACCUGUCAGUAAAUUUAAUCUAUCCUUUAUAUUUUGUGAUUUUUGAUCUUACCUAUUUCUACCAUUAAAAUAGAUUUGUAUAGCCUUAAUUUUAUUUAGAAAUGCAUGGUUCGAAUACCAUUUGAAUAACAAUGGAACGAGAAGCAGUUCUCGAGGGGUUUCUAGGUCGAGGAUGCAAAAAUGAGGAUCCAAGGAUCGGAAGUCGUAAAACGGAAACGUAAAAUUUCACGGCAAGGGGGAAAAACGAACCGCAGGUUUCUGGGCCAAGAAAGCGCAAAAAUCACGAAACGAUCCUCGGUCGAUCGUUGACCACUGGAUCAACGUCUUUUUGCCGGGUGUCCUUAAUGGACGAAAUAGGCAAUAAAUUUCCUGCAACAAUAGAAGGUCCUUCGCUGAGAUCUCGAGAUAAUUGUACAAUUGUGUUCCCGAGCAAUUUGCGAUUAGAAACGCGAUGAGACGGCGAGAUUUCCAGACUGCGUUUGCAUUUCUUGUAGGACGCAUUAAAAUCUUCAGACAAAAGCUUAUAACAAUUUAAUAGAAUUAGAAUUUCGUUGAAUAAGAAUUAAUAUAAAUCUGUCAAGUAACAGUAAAUUUUAAUAUCGAAAAUUCUUCAAGCAUAAAUAGCUAGAAAUAUUUUAUUUCUGAUAUCGAGCGAUUGCAGAUAACGUCUAAAAGCCAUAAGCAAAAAGCAAAAUACGCAAGAAAUUAAUUGGACACAGUUAUCGCAGGUUCUCAUAAAUUUCGUGCGUAAUAAUAAAAGAGAAGAAGAAAUUUGGGUUAAAUAAGCUUUAAUUAGCAGUGUACGAAUCGAUAGCAAUGAACGUGGAGGAACUUGAAAGUAAGUGUCAACUCGAAGAAACCGGUUUCGAGGAUCAGUCGUUGAUUAAACGUCGUCUUAGAUCGAUUCAAACGGUACGGAAAAAUCGAUGCGAAUUGCUGGUCGAUCAAAAAGGUUUACAACUAUUUCAUAUCAGAACCAGGGAGAAAAAGCAUGGUGCGAGGUAGCUGUUCACGCUGUUGUCCACGCUGUAACAAUUAGUGCAUGACGAAUCCCGACUAUUUCAUAGUCUUCAGCAGAAACGGGAAGAUCACAUUCUUCUCUUUUUUGGUGGCACUCCAAAUCCUUGAACUCCUGGACUUCUAUUUUCUAAAAAAUUACACUCAAGCAGAAAUAACAUUAUCACAAUCAUACACACAUUUGUGCAUACAUGUAUUUGUACAUCUUAAGAUUGGAAAAUGUCGUACGACAAACAUUGAGUAAAUUUGACAAAUUUGAAGCACGUAAAAUUUGAUAAAACUUGAAAGAUGUCAGAGUUGAAGAAGUUUAUGAAGUUUCAUUUAUGAAACUUGAGCAACCUCAACGAUUUUUAAUUUUAUACAUCUCGAAUAUUAGUGCAGAUAUUUGUCUGUACAGAAAAUAAUAAAUAAUGGAGCAUCCAUAAUUUCCCACAAGAAAGAAUAUAAAGAUCAUCAUAUUCUUCUAAAAUCAGCAUCUCAGAGAAAAAGAUGUAAAUGUGGAUGUAUGGCAAUUCCGUAUCCAAAUGAACGAAGUUGAUCUCAGGACAAUUAUCACGAAGGAAGAAACAAGAAGAGAUCUUGUCGAUAGAAGAACGCAGACCGCGUCCGUUCUCCAGGUGACCAAGGUGUGCAAAGCGUGAACAACGUGUGCAACGUGAGGCUAGGAGAAAGAUAGAAAAUGGACCAAGCGAGCAGGAAGUGGGGACCUGGAUUAAAAGCAAACGAGGGCAACGUCUCGGCGACAGAGCCAUCUCAGACCUUGAAGAGUGGAGGUCGAGAACGAGUCGACGUGUUCUCCGGUUCAUUGGUCGUUCGGUGCUUUUCUAACGGAUUUCCGUUGCAACUGGACGAUUCUUCGUGUUGGCGUAAUCGAAAGUCGCCAAAGGACAAAGGAGCUGUUUGACGAUGGCGCCGAGAGGAGCGAUCUUCCUGCUGCUGGUCACCUUGACCUUCAGCGGAAGCCAGUGCAGCACCAGGUUCUUCGUGAAGAUGAGAACGAACUCUUCGGAUUCAUUCAAAACCAGGGCAGACAACUCCAGAGUACUCGAGCAGCCUAUCGCCACAACGAGUCCUCUGCAAGAUGAGACGAGAAGUCAUUUCGAAAACGAUGCUCAGAGAAUGAUGAAAGAGUUUCCGAGAAUGGAGGAAGAGUCCAGGAACACGUUCGAGACCUCCACGUUCAAUCCUGAUGUGCUGAAUAAAUUCUUGGAGGAGUAUGCGAACAAGAUCAAGGGCAGCACCGAGAAGUAUCAGAAACAUCCGUUCAGGAUCAUCAAACCUUCGGAGGCCAUUGGCCUGGAGGUGGAUGUUCAAACUACUCGUCCGAGUAGCACUACAUAUGCGCAGGGGGAUAAAAUUGAAGAGGAUACUACUAAUGCUACUUUGUCUGAAGAAGAGAUAAGCGAUACUUUAAACGACACCCUGAAGAGGAACAAAUAUUACGGAGCAAAUUCGUACGAGGACAGAAAUGGCUGGGUUACGUUAGAGGCAAUUCCAUGGUCCAAGAGCAAGAUUUCAAAAUGGCAGGCGACUCCCAGUACACAACAACCUUGGCCGGAAGUGAAACCAUGGGAGAAACCGAGUAUGGCGAAACCGUGGGCUUCGGAUUACUCUGUCAGACCGAUCUACGAAAACAAUAAACCAUGGUACGACAAGCCAAAACCGAACUGGCCAGAGAAUAACGAGAAGCCCUGGCAGAAGCCUACACCUCGGCCAUCGUAUUAUCCAGAGAAGCCUGAUGAGAAUCAGGCUCAAAAAUGGCCGCCAGAGAGGCCAUCAUGGAACAAGUACACGGACCGUCCCAACAGCGACAUAAUCACCGACAACCGUCCAGCUAAUUUCCCCAGCAAUUGGAACAGACCCCAAACAGCGAAACCAGGUUAUCAGUACCUCGACAGAUACCCUGACAAGAACCAAGCAGAAGAGAACAAGAACGACUGGCACGAUUUCCCUACAAGAUACGACGACCGUCUACGACCCACCACAGAGAGGCCAGGAUUCUCUCAGUAUCAGUACGUGAACAAUCAUCCUCAGAGUUAUCCUGGGAACAGCGACGGUCAGUGGGUGCUUUUAUCCACGAACAGAGGUUACUCGAAGUCUAGGCAGAGGUCGAUGAAGAUCGAUACUACCAAUCCGAUACAGAAUGGCAGCAGGGUCGUACGAGUAAAGGGAGAGGAGCCUGAUCCUGCGAUCACCGUGAUGACCUCAAAGAGACAGGUCAGAUUGACGGUGUUACCGUCAAUCAACGGCACGAACACGACGACAUCGCACGGCGGUCUUCUGGAAGUCGAGAAAACCUUCAAGAGCGUGGAUCAGAGUCAAAAGGAGUACGAGAUGAAGAAGCAAACUCUGCCGGUGAUCCUGAAGAAGCGACCCAUCAGAAACACUCUGGGAAAUCAAGCGUCUAAUUCUGCUGUCUUGGCUGCCGUUAGCGCAGGAAUAUUACCGGCAACUAUGGCGAUGAUGAUUCCAAUGAUUCUCGGCCGUCGAAAGAGGGGUUUACAAGCUUCCCAAUCAAGAUUACUCAAUUAUGAUGAUUCAGUAAUGAAUAUUCAUGGUCCCACGAGUCAAGCCCACGAUACCAGGCUAAGAUAGAGAAAUUAAUGUGGAAAGAGAAAGUCUUCGAUAAUUCGUGAGAAUAUGGUGAAAAAUAGAAAAAUGAAGGUGAAUGAUCGAAGAGAAUUUAGAAACUUGAAGCUUCGUACAGUGAAUGUUAAUUGAAGUUGAAGAACACUUUAGGUAUAGUAAUAUUUUAUCUUUAGAUACUUUGAGCAAUGAACCAAAAUUCAAGAAGAAAUAUUAUGCAGAUAAAUUUAUUAUGAUAGAUAUCAAGAUUAUAGUUUAAUUAUUCUGUGCUUGGGAAACACAUUUUCACAGACUGCAAAUUAGCAAGACAAUGCCAUCUUUUUCACUGUCACUAAUUGACAACAGAAUCGCUUAAAUAAUUUAACAAAUUUCAGUUUGCAAAUAUGAAAUGUUCAUUGCUCUUUGUUUAUAGUAAACUUAGAGAUGUUAUAUAAUUAACAGAGACAAGUAUGACACUUAUUUAUAAUUAGUAGUAAUUUACAUUCUAUUGAACAGACGUCUUCCUAUAGGGAAUAGAGAAAAUAUUGUUUAAUUUUGAUCAUGCAUAUAUUUACAUAUAUGUCAGGGUACUAUGUUGACAACCUAUUUAUUUAUUUAUUUAUACGUUUAUUUAUAAUAUACUUUACAUUUCGUUCGCUUAAAUACUUAAAUAAAAGCAUAAGUAUCAACGAAGGAUAUUCAAAGGAGUUACGUCGACGAGUAAAAUAAAACUUUUCGCUGGAAGUCUUUUCAAAACCCUCUUCCCAUUUUUAUCCUGGUUAAAAAAUUAUUUUAUAACGAAAUAAUUUUUUAUGAACCAAAAUUUUAUCUGUCCAACAUGUUGAGGUUAACUGUUCAAAAAAUAUGAAGAGAGUUUUUUAAUCCG